ACUCGCGGCUGGAGUCCUGCCGGCCGGACGCCGAGCUGAGCCGCGAGGACACGGGCUGCAACCUGCAGCACAUCAGCGACCGGGAGAACAUCGACGAUUUGAACAUGGAAUUCAACCCUUCAGACCACCCUCGGGCCAGCACAAUAUUCCUCAGUAAAUCUCAGACGGAUGCAUCUUUUGUUUUCACAGUGAGAGAAAAACGGAAGAGUCUCUUCAUCAACCACCACCCUCCAGGACAGACGGCGAGGAAGUGCAGCUCCUGCUCCACCAUCUUUCUGGACGACAGCACAGUCAGCCGGCCGGACCUCAAGUGCACAGUCAAGUGUGUAGCUCUCGCAAUAUAUUACCACAUCAAAAACAGGGACCCAGACGGACGGAUGCUCUUGGAUAUUUUCGAUGAAAACCUUCACCCUCUUUCGAAAUCCGAAGUGCCACCAGAUUACGACAAACACAACCCCGAGCAGAAGCAGAUUUACCGGUUUGUUCGGACACUGUUCAGCGCUGCCCAGCUGACCGCGGAGUGCGCCAUAGUUACCCUGGUUUACCUCGAGAGGCUUCUGACCUAUGCAGAAAUCGACAUCUGUCCGGCCAACUGGAAGCGGAUUGUCCUGGGGGCCAUCCUGCUGGCCUCAAAGGUGUGGGAUGACCAGGCAGUGUGGAACGUGGACUACUGCCAGAUCCUCAAGGACAUCACGGUGGAGGACAUGAAUGAGCUGGAGCGGCAGUUCCUCGAGUUGCUCCAGUUCAACAUCAACGUCCCCUCCAGCGUUUAUGCCAAGUAUUACUUUGACCUUCGUUCUCUGGCCGAAGCCAACAACCUGAGCUUCCCCUUGGAGCCCCUGAGCCGGGAGAGGGCCCACAAGCUCGAGGCCAUCUCUCGCCUGUGCGAGGACAAGUACAAGGACCUGCGGAGGCCCACGAGGAAGCGGUCAGCGAGUGCUGACAAUCUGACUCUGCCCCGGUGGUCCCCGGCCAUCAUCUCCUAACCGUGGGCGUCCGCGCUGGAGGCCGUGCCAUCCCGCAGCUUCUCCUCUAGUUGGAGCAGAGACAGACCUGGGGUGGCUGGUGUGGUUUCUCCUUUUGGCUCCUUUGUGAGGUCCUUGUGCCGCCAGGCUGCCUUGAUGACCGCCUCCGCGCGCCCCGGGGUUCCCAGCGGCCGGGGCCGGCACCGGCACCUCCUCGUGGAGCAGAGACUCUGACCCUGGAGGAGGGACUGGGGCGUCGCGCGGAGGCAGGGAGAGGGGCUUGGCCGCUUUUCAGCCCCGAGUUCGAGGGCGAGGUCCACGGUAGGCGGAGGCGGGAAGGCCCGCGGAGAGGACCAGGUUGGAUGCGCAUUAAAGGCGAGCGCCGGUCACCACCCGGACCAGUACGUCCUGAGA